CUUUUUAUUUGUUAAAUGCUUAGUUUUUUCAAACCAUUUUAAUUUGUAUGCUGUAUUUUACUAAGUAAAAAUUUAGACGUUUUGGGUUUUUUUUGACACUUUAUACUUUAGAUACUGAAUGGAAAAAAAUUUAUAAAGUGUCUUUGAAAAAAUCAGCCAAGCAGACUAACGCUGGUUAUUUUAUUAUACAGUGAAGAGAAAUUGACAUUUUUUUUCUGUUCGCAGGUAUCAUGAAGAGUAAAGGCAAAAUAGAGACAGUUAUUGACAAAAUAAGUAAGCAAACAUGCUUUGCGGUAGAGAGAGCCUCUGAAAAUGGAGAUGGCCACGAUAGUUCCUCUACUCGAACUGAAACCACAUCGACUAUACAGCCUACUGAACUUCAACAAAAUGAACCCAAAAACAGAGAAGUCGAGAUAGAAGGGAAAGCGGACGGUUCUACUAAUAAACAUUUUACAGGAGACAAUCAAGGUUCGAAAGAUUUAAGUGCUAUAGCAACAAAUACAGAUAUCCACCAUCAACUGUCAACAACAAAAAGGAGACAUCAAGGCAGUGCUGAAGCUGACAAUAUAGCCAGGAUUUCUGUUAACGAUGGCAACCCUAAUAAGCUGUUUGACAAUAAAGAGGAAGUUGAUCAAGAUGAGAUGAAUAAAUACCAACCAAAUCAUUCAAGGAAAAAGCGACGUCAAGCUAAUAAAAAAGACAGCGACAUCGGGCCGAGUACUUUCUCCUCAAUUAAGACACAUGACGAAGAUUGCAGUUCUGACACAACCAACACAGACAGUGAAGUUGACGCUGAAACUGAUUCUAAAGUUUCAUACGAGGACUUGAGUGGUUCGGGUGAAGACUCGGGUGAAGACUCGGGUGAAGACUCGGGUGAAGACUCGGGUGAAGACUCGGGUGAAGGCUCGGGAGAAGACUCGGACGAAGACUUGGACAAAGAGUUGGACAAGGACUCGAACAAGGACUCGGACAAAGAUUCGGACAAAGACUCGGACAAAGACUCGGACAAAGACUCGGGUGACACUUCAGGUGAAGACACAAGUGAAGAUUCAGGUGAAGAUUCAGGUGAAGAUUCAGGUGAAGAUUCAGGUGAAGAUUCAGGUGAAGACUCGGUUCAGGACUCAGGUGGCGAUAUGGGCAAUGAUACAAACGAUAAUACAAGUAACGAUACGAGCGACGACUCUGAUGAUGACAAUACGAAUGAUAAUAUCAGCGACACCACUAUUGAUGAAGACGCCGUCGAUGAUUCAACUGAUGAUACAAAAGUGAGUACAACAGAAGAAUGUGGAGCAGAGUCGAACUCUAUCAGAAUAAGUUGUAAUGCUACAACUAGUGGCAUUGGAAAUACUUUUGUUAGUGCGACUUCAGAAACUCCUACGAGUCCUGAGGUUCCUGUAAAUCCUGUGAUUCUUACAAGAAAUAUGGUGCCUACAAUUAAUGCGAUUUCUAUGAGUUCUGUGGUUCCUGUGAGUUAUAUAGUUCCUACAAGUACUGUGGUUCCUACGAGUAAUUUGGGUCCUGUGAGUGCUAUAUUUCCAACAAGUCCUAUGAUACCUGUGAUUGCUACAGUUCCUACGAGCAAUGCGAAUCCAGUGAGUUCUAUAGUUCCUACAAGUCCUACAGUUCAUUCAGUCCCUGUUGUUGCUAUGAAUCCUACGAGUAAUGUGCUUCCUGUGAGUUCUGCAGUUCCUAUAAGUUACGUGGUUGCCACAGUUCCUACGAGCGAUAUGAGUCCAAUGAAUUCUAUAGCUCCUACAAGUCCUACGGCGGCUGCAGUUCCUGUUGUUACUAUGAUUCCUACGAGUAAUGUGCUUCCUGUGAGUUCUGCAAUUCGAACAAGUCCUGUGGUUACCACAGUUACUAUGAGUAAUGUGAGUCCUGUGGUUGCUACGAAUCCCGUGAAUCCUAGAAAUUCUUCCACUUUUUUCAAUUCUUCCACUUCCUCCGAGUCUACGAACCCUUCGAAUUUUGAUCUACCAAAUGAAAAUACCAGUGAAAAUGAGGAUGCUUCAGGAAAUGUGGUAGAAUUUUUUGAGUUUCAUCCUAUUUUCUGGAUUCACGGGAUGACCACUUUGACAACUCGAGUUCUAACUGCUCCUAGAGAUUGCAAUGAGGAAGAGCAACGAAAGAGAGCUUGUGAGAAAAUGCACGAGUGCCCACAUUUCGUACCUAUUAAGCCCGUGGCUGUAGAGCCCAAAGAUCUCCCUAAGAAUAGUGAGAAUAGUGAGAAUAAUGAGAAUAGUGAGAAUAGCGAGAAUAGCGAGAAUAAUGAGAAUAGUGAGAAUAUUGAGAAUAGUGCUAAAAUUUCCUCUAGCACACCAGAAAGAACUAAUGAUUCAGAAGAAGCUAGAGGUAGGGGUAGGGGUAGGGGUAGGGGUAGGGGUAGGGCUAGAGGUAGAGGUAGAGGUAGAGGUAGAGGUAGAGGUAAAAGAGCGAGAGCCGCAACUCGAACUCCAUCUCCAGUUUUGGUUCGAGAUACAUCUUCGGGUUUGGUUCCGGACUUGUCUCCAGUUGUUGCUCCGUCGAUAGCUAUGGCAUCCGAUUUGGCUUCAGCUUUGACUACGGCUUCGGCUAUGGCCACGGUUAUGUCUUCGUCUGCAGCUACGGCUUUGGCUUCGGCUACAGCUACGGCUACGGCUACAGCUACGGCUACAGCUACAGCUACAGCAAUGGCUGUGAACUCUGCUUCGGGUUCAGUUACAACUAAAUCUUCGACCAUGACUAGAUCUAUUUCUUCGUUUGGAAAAAAUUCUCAGAUUGAAAAUGCUAACGAGGCGACCUAUGCUGUUAAUACUGAAAAUUCUUCGAAAACUUUUCCAGAGACAACAAAUAUCAUUAAUAGACGAUCGCAAACUAUUUCUGAAUAUCCUUCAAAGGUUAUGAAAAUUUCGCAUUCCCAAAACCCGGAAAGCUUAUCUCUACCGAAUCAUAGUGUUUCCACUACGAUUAUGUCAUUAAUAAAUUACCCUGAUGCGACCGUCGCAACUCAAGAGCAACCUAACAGAAAUGGAAAUAAUAUAUACAUAAAACAAGAAGUCCAAAGCCCCUAUUGUUACCCUGGUAAAGUAUCGACAGUCUCUAUUCAACAAAAUGAAGCUGACCGAGAUAUCUUAGGUCUAUCACAAGUUCAAGAAUUUAAACUACCAGAUAAGAAAAUUUGUUAUACUUCAGGGAGCAAGCAAACACCUUAUUUCAGCUCUUUCGUCCAAUUCCCAAAAGUAGGGGUGGAUAAUCAGAUACGAGAAAACGCGGAAGCGUUAAUGGCUACCAGAAAUAAAUUAGAAACUACUCCAGAUAUAAUCUCGAACGAAACUAAUGGAACAAUACAUAUGCAUUUUCAGUUAAAUAAACCUCCGGAUGCUGUGUCUUGUUCUUAUUUUAGUUCUAGUUCUUGUUCUAGUUCUAACUCUUGUCCUAGACCUAGUUCUAUUGAAUACCAGAACUUGUUCGACACUGAAUGUAACAAACAACUACCUUGGAAAAAAAAUCAUCGAUUCAAGCACAUAGCAUCCGUACCUUAUAACAAGACAGCAUCAGCAUCAAAAAGAGUAUAUGCACAAACUGACAUGAGUGGAUCGCAAUCAUCAUCAGUAAAUUAUAAAUACAACGAACCUUUUUCUUUUGGAGGAGUCCUGUCGCGGCCAAUUUCUAUUGAAGGUCAACAUAUUCAGCAAAGCACUUCCCAGAUUCCACCACUGGCUCAUAAUAAUGCUACCCCAAUAAUUUCAUCUAUAGGCAGAGUUCCUCGAAGAGCCCACAGCAAUGAACCUAGUCAUUACUUUUCAGCACAUAUCCCAACCGAGUUUCAGUGUGUCAGUUCCGCAGAAAAUGAUAGAGUAUCAGACCCUUCACAGCUACCCGAGAAUCUCAAAGUAUACGGAGAAUCAAAUUUCAUUUGA